GUCUUCCAUUGACAGUGAGCCAGCCUUGGUCCUGGGCCCUCUAAAGUCUGCACAGGAGCUUCGGAGGGAACAGCAGCUGGCAGAGAUUGAGACCCGCAGGCAGGAGAGGGAGAAGACGGGCAAAGAAAAGGGUGAGGAAGGGAGGGCCAGGCCUCCUGGACAAGAGAUGGUGGACGAGUUACAGGGCCCCUUCUCUUACGACUUCUCCUACUGGGCUCGGUCUGGAGAGAAAAUCACCGUUACACCCUCGUCCAAAAAAGCUGCCCAGGGAAGUUGAUUGAGAUCCACGGGAAGGCAGGCUUGUUCCUAGAAGGCCAGAUCCACCCAGAGCUGGAGGGAGUCGAGAUUGUCAUCAGUGAGAAGGGGGCAAGUUCACCCUUGAUCACUGUCUUCACUGAUGAUAAGGGUGCCUACAGUGUUGGCCCACUGCACAGUGACCUGGAGUAGACUGUGACCUCACAGAAGGAGGGCUACGUGCUGACCGCUGUGGAAGGAACUGUGGGAGACUUCAAGGCUUAUGCCUUGGCUGGCGUGAGCUUCGAGAUAAAAGCUGAGGAUGAUCAGCCCCUCCCUGGGGUCCUCUUAUCCCUCAGUGGAGGUGUGUUUCGUUCUAACCUCCUGACCCAGGACAACGGCGUUCUGACAUUCUCAAACUUGAGCCCUGGCCAGUACUACUUCAAACCCAUGAUGAAGGAGUUCCGCUUUGAGCCCUCCUCACAGAUGAUAGAAGUACAGGAGGGGCAGAACCUGAGGAUCACCAUCACUGGCUUCCGGACUGCCUACAGCUGCUAUGGCACAGUGUCGUCUUUAAAUGGAGAACCGGAGCAGGGUGUCGCGGUGGAAGCUGUGGGACAGAAGGACUGUAGCAUAUAUGGAGAAGACACUGUGACAGAUGAGGAGGGGAAGUUCCGGUUACGCGGACUGCUGCCAGGGUGCAUGUACCAUGUGCAGCUGAAGGCAGAAGGCAAUGACCACAUCGAGCGGGCCCUGCCCCACCAUCGGGUGAUUGAGGUUGGGAACAAUGACGUGGAUGAUGUGAACAUCAUAGUUUUUUUAAAGAUCAACCAGUUUGACCUGAGUGGAAAUGUGAUUACUUCUUCGGAGUAUCUUUCCACUUUGUGGGUGAAGUUGUACAGAAGCGAGAAUCUUGACAACCCCAUCCAGACAGUGUCGCUCGGCCAGUCUCUCUUCUUCCACUUCCCACCGCUGCUCCGAGACGGCGAGAACUAUGUUGUGCUUCUGGACUCCACGCUCUCCAGAUCCCAGUAUGACUACGUCCUGCCGCAAGUCUCUUUCACUGCAGUGGGCUACCACAAGCACAUCACUCUGGUUUUCAGUCCCACGAGAAAGCUACCUGAGCAAGACAUUGCACAAGGUUCCUACAUCGCCCUGCCCCUGACAUUGCUGCUCCUGUUGGCAGGCUACAACCAUGACAAGCUCAUUCCUUUGCUGCUGCAACUGACGAGUCGUCUUCAGGGAGUCAGAGCCCUCGGCCAGGUGGCCUCUGAUAGCAGUGGCCCAGAGGACAUGAAGAGACAGACCAAGAAACAGAAGACCAGACGCACGUGAGGAAGAAAGGCUCGUCCCCUGCAGAUGGCACAACCAGGGCUGCCACCUGCCUGGGACAAAAGCACAUACUCACUCACUUCAGGCAGGCCCUGGGCCCUGUGACCCUUCUUUUGGUGUCCUGCCUGUCUGUCCUCUCCUGUGUAGCCUUGUGGUGCAAUGCGACGAAUGGACUCUCCUGUCACCCUGCUGAACACAAUUUAUUUUCUGAGUUGAAGAUAAUUUAUUAUUAUUAUUUUUGUCAGAGAAGUAUUUAAGCUGAGCUGGUGGCGUGAGAACGUAAUUCAUAUCUUCCACAUUCGUUUGCAAGAAGAGUCCAGUAAACACGGCAUUUGUCUUCAUGGUGAAUACCUGCUGGACUUCCCCCAACUCCCCUCUGCACUUGGCCCCCUGGAAGCUGCAGCAGCAUCUGUUCACACCAGAAGGACCUGUCAAGAGCUGGAAUGAAUAAAGUCACCCACUCAUUUGUGUUGUA